CUAGCACACAUUGCAUGGCCUGGAAGGAGGAUCCGAGGUUUCUUCUAUUUGUCUUCAAGAUACUUUUCUUUGCUUUUACUUAGAUUCUAAAAUUGUUGUGUGAUAUCUUAAUUCCUGGUUUCAUUGUCUUGGGUGCUGGGUGAUCCAAAUACUUUAUUUCAAGAUGUGGAUGUGGAUUCUGAUUGGCCUUAACAUCAUCACAAAGGCUAAUGGCUAUUCACAUGGGAACGUCCCCACGGCAUGUGAAACAAUGGAGCCAAAGCAUGACAGCAGAGGUGGAUUAGCCUAUCGUCCUCAGACCACUCCUCCUCCUUUUGAGGUUCGCUGCGAGCGUGGCGAAAAUGGAGAGCCCAUUACAGUUAUCCUCCAGAGCAAAGACAACACUAAGUUCAGGGGAUUUAUGUUGGAGGCUCGAGCGCAAGACAAGGUAGACGAUGGCAGUCCUGUCGGAAAAUUUAUUUUGGCUGAUAGUAGCGUUCGGCUCCUGGAAUGCAAUGGUUCAGCAGACUCAGCUGUUACUCAAAAAAACAAUCAAGCCAAGAGUUCGAUCCGAGUUUACUGGAGUGCAGAGGGAGAAGACCUAGACAUCACUUUCAGGGCCACAUUUGUUUAUGAUUAUGAGACGUUCUGGGAACGAGUAGACAUCAAUUCAUCAACGCCAAGCACUACAACAAGUACCACAAUGCCAACUCCUACAGAGCCAAGCACUACAACAAGUACCACAAUGCCAACUCCUAAAAAUUCAAGCUUAAAUAGCCUAUACUUGCUUGAAGCUUCUUCUCUGAAUGUCGGCUGCCGUUCUUUGAAAAUGAUCCAUAUAUUCAUAGUCAUAGUCUUUUCUCAAUGUCUAAGUAAGGUGUUAAAAAUACUAUGCUGUGUGCUUUUCACAAUGAUUGAAAUACCAGCCUUGGUCUUGUUUUCUCUGGGGGAUUCUAUUUAUCGUGUCACUCUUGUUAUUCUUGUAUGUGUGAUUAUAGUGAUGAAUCUCAUACAGCUGGUAAUUGCCUGUCUGCAACUCAAACCAAGUCAUGAACUAAACCAGAUACUUGACGUUACUUUCAAAGUGUGUUGGGUCAUCAGUGAGAUUGCUACAUCUGCUGUCAUCAUUAUUUCUGUUUUGGAGAGAGAGGACCACAGCCUUGCGUCUUGGCCUGUGAUCGUAAUGAUUUUUUACACAUUGUGGAUUUAUCUGUUUAUAAUCUGGAUUUUCAUACCCAAGACUCUCAUAAACAAAGAGGGCUCAAACUAUCGUAAGGGAGGCAGACAAGGAAAAGAGGAGAAGCUAUGUCAAGCCAGAGUGAUUGUGCCAUUGACCUUCAUCUUUGGAACAGUGUUUUUUGCUGUAACUCUCAUUUUUGGGAUAUUGUACAAGCCUGUACAAGCCUAAUUUCGUAUACAAAAUUGGGCUUGUACAGUGUAGCCAGUGUAGCCAGGUUUGCUGUUACUUUGUAUGCAUGUGUUUAACAGUUGUUCUUCAUGUCACAAAAAUGUUUGUCAUUCAUAAAUUCAGUUUAAUCAGAAAUAGUAGCUUUUAUUUGAAAGUGUGCUGUAUAUGUAAAAUUGUACUUCCGCUGUACCUCAUGAGCUGUAAAUACUGUUGAUUCCAUUGUUGAAAUAACA